AUGGUCAAAGCGGUCGCGUCACAAGAUUUAUGGUUUUGGCAUGCGUAUUGUAGACCGCCCGGUUCACUAAACAACAUCAAUCUUCUCCAGCAGUCUCCAAUAUACCUCGCUGAACGAAAUAGAGUUGCACAUAAGUGUCCAUAUCAAAUGAAUGAACAUGCAUACAAACGUGGAUACUAUUUAACCGAAGAGAUCUACCCUACUUGGCCAACGUGUAUGAAAAUGCUUCCGUAUCACGUCGAUCCGAAUAAAAAGAAGUUCAAGAAAUUGAAAGAAGGGGCAAGAAAAGAUGUGGAGCGGGCUUUUGGUGUCCUAAAAGGAAAAUGGGGCAUACUUAGGAGACUCAUGCGUGCUAUGACGGUGAACAAGAUUAUUAACGAGAUGUAUACGUGCAUGAUACUUCACAAUAUGAUCUUAAAGGACGAGGGGCAUGCGUUCUCACCGGUCCACAUUAGGGAUCCAGUCGUCGAACGCAUUUUUGACGACACGGUGCUUGUGGAAUUGAUGGAUAGUGAUAUGCAUUAUGACAUAGAAAUGAUAUUCUCGACCAUCUUGCAGCUCAAGAUCUACCGUACCUCGAGGAGGAAGACACUGAGUAGUGUAAGAUAG